AUGAGACCUGAAACCAUAAGAAUCCUAGAAGAGAAUACAGGGAGUAACUUCUUUGAUAUCAGCAGUAGCAACUUCUUUGUGGAUAAAUCUCUUCAGUUUCAUAACAGUUUGGUUAGAAAAGAUGCAUGGGAUGAGAGGCUACGGAUCAAUUCACUCAGGAAGAAUACCAUUUUGCCAAAAGAUCUUCAGGAAGUGGCCGAUGGAGAAAUUGCUGCCCUUCCCCGGGAUAGCUGCCCUGUUCGAAUCCGAAAUCGGUGUGUUAUGACGUCCCGUCCACGUGGUGUAAAGCGGCGCUGGAGGCUUAGUCGUAUUGUCUUCCGUCACUUAGCAGACCAUGGGCAGCUGUUGGGGGUCCAGCGAGCAACAUGGUGACCCGCUCCAGAACCUACUGAGCAGGGAAGCCAGUUCUGGCAAGAAGAGGCUUCUCUAAUAGACAAAAACCUAGUUUUGUAGGGGUCCAGUAUGGGAGUAUAGUCUACCUGAUGCUGCCUACGGUUAAAUUACCUUUUAAUUUUAAAUUAAGAAAUUUGGUGGAUGUUUCAGUCAGUGAAUUCUGGCUCUCUGUGAAUUAUCUCUUCUCUUGGACUUAAAAAUUAACCAUACUGUUUCCAUACAUACUACAAGGAGUAGAGUAAUAAAAAAUAUUCUGUGAAA